AUGGCUUGUCCACCACAGGAGAGCGAACCAUGUUCGAACCUUCAUGACAGUCUUUUUAGUAAUUGUGACUUUACUGACAAGGUUGAAUUAAAUGUCGCUGUUUGCAGGUCCUGUAACUUAAAGUGUGUUGAAGACGAUGGUGCCGACGUGAAGCCGUAUAGCUGUCGUUUGCAGUCUGAGAAUGGAUUUGAAUUUUCAGAGAAAGCGUCAGAAAAUCAAAAAUCGUUGAAAUGCAGUCAUAUUCACGGCGAAUUGCGAACGUUGUCAGCCUGUCACCACAACAAUGACAAACACGACCACAGAAAAGUUAUAACGCCAAAAUGUCUAGAGAAAGUUAACGGUGUUACGCAUAUGUACCACCUUCCCGGUGACAACAAUGCAGGAGGUGAACUGAUUCUCGUUGACCUACUGAACACAAGAAAAGGAGAAGCCGCAGACACUGAAAACCAUAGUUUUAGUGGAGAUUCAGGACGGGGAUCAGGAAGUGCAUGUCAGUGCACAGAGAAUGACUGUGACGAUGAUGAUGUAUCCUGUGAUGAAAUCGAAGCAGAAAAGAUAUGCUCAUCUGAAGUGCAUAGUAAUACUCACCAUAAUGAGGUGGACGCAUUAUUAAAUGACUUAGAGAAGACGUCUUUAGAUCAGCUAAGUCCUUGUGAACAUUGUCCAGCUUUGGAUAAUGCGAUCAGUGAUGUAACUUACACCGUUUAUGAAUCGGAGAAACAGAUGCCAGAUAUCAUGAGACUGAUUACAAGAGACUUGUCAGAACCGUAUUCAAUAUAUACAUACAGAUAUUUUAUCCACAACUGGCCAAGGUUAUGUUUCCUUGCCAUAUGUGAUAAUCAGUUUGUUGGGGCUAUAGUCUGCAAGCUGGACUUGCACAAAAAAAUGGUGCGGAGAGGAUACAUUGCCAUGCUGGCUGUUGAUUCUGAAUUCAGGCGAAGAAAAAUAGGAUCUACCUUGGUGACCAAAGCAAUUGAAGCAAUGAUGAGAGAUGAUUGCGAUGAGGUUGUGCUGGAGACAGAGAUAACCAACCAGAGUGCCCUCAGGUUGUAUGAGAAUCUGGGAUUUGUUCGGGAUAAAAGACUCUUCAGAUAUUACCUGAAUGGUGUGGAUGCCUUGAGACUGAAAUUGUGGCUGCGGUAG